AAUGGAAUUGGUUGACAGUUCUAAUUGUCGUAUGGGAGCACAUGAAUCGAAAAACUAUUUGGUCAUUUAAUAUUUCACAAUAUUUGAACGACUUUACAUAAAUCGAUUUACAAUGGCAUCACGUUUAAUAAGAUUGCCACGGCAUCUUCGGACAAUUACACAGCGAUUGCAAUCAACACAAGCAGCAAAUCGGGCCGUUUUAUUGAAUGUACCACCAACUGAAUUGUCAACAAUAAGUAAUGGUCUUCGUGUGGCAACCGAAAAUAGUGGUGGCUCAACAGCAACAAUUGGACUGUGGAUUGAUGCCGGAUCUCGAUAUGAAGAACCACGAAACAAUGGUGUUGCACAUUUUUUAGAGCAUAUGGCAUUCAAAGGAACAGCAAAACGUUCACAAACCGAUUUGGAAUUGGAAAUUGAAAAUCUUGGCGCUCACUUAAAUGCAUACACAUCCCGCGAACAAACGGUUUAUUAUGCAAAAUGUUUAUCAAAAGAUGUUCCACGUUUGGUUGACAUUCUAUCGGAUAUCAUUCAGAAUUCAAAGCUAGCCGAAGGAGAUAUUGAACGUGAACGUGGUGUUAUUCUGCGUGAAAUGCAAGAGGUUGAAAGUGUUAUGCAGGAAGUUGUGUUUGAUCACUUACAUGCGACCGCCUAUCAAGAAACACCAUUGGGCCAAACGAUUUUAGGACCAAAAGAGAAUAUCAAAUCAAUUGGAAAAAGUGAUUUACGCACAUACAUUGACACCCAUUAUAAAUCAUCACGUAUUGUAUUGGCCGGGGCCGGUGGUAUAACUCACAAUGAUUUAGUCGGAAUGGCUGAAGAAUAUCUUGGCCGUUUUCCAAAUGGUGAUAUGCCAAAUUUAUCUCCAUGCCAUUUCACCGGAUCCGAAAUUCGGGUUCGUGACGAUACAAUACCAACGGCUAAUUUUGCAAUUGCUGUGGAAGGAUCCGGUUGGACAAAUCAAGAUCAUGUUCCUUUAAUGGUGGCAAACACAUUAAUCGGAUCGUGGGAUCGAUCACAAGGUGGCGGUGUAAAUAACUCAUCAAAUUUGGCUAGCAUAUGCGCUGAACACAACCUAUGUCACGGUUACCAAUCGUUCAACACAUGCUAUAAAGAUACAGGAUUGUGGGGCAUUUAUGUGACAAGCGAACCAUCGACUUGCGAAGAUUUCGUUUUCAAUUUUUUGAAUGAAUUGAUGCGUAUUUGCUGUAACGUUACCGAAGCUGAAGUUGACCGUGCUAAAAAUUUACUUAAAACAAAUAUGUUGCUUCAACUUGACGGUACCACACCAAUUUGUGAAGAUAUUGGACGACAAAUGCUGUGCUAUGGCCGUCGAAUUCCACUUCAUGAACUUGAGGCUAGAAUCAAUAAUGUGAAUGCUCAAAAUAUUCGAGAUGUAUGCACCAAAUAUGUUGUAAAUCGUAGUCCCGCUGUUGCUGCAGUUGGAUCUAUUUCGAAUCUUCCACAAUACGAACAAAUUCGUAGUAGAAUGAGCGUUUAAAUGGAAUCUUGUAUAAAUAAAUCUUUAAAAUAUUACGAA